UCAAGAAUUUAUAUGUAUACACUUUAUAGUGUGACAAGCAUGUAACAUAUAACAAAAAAUCAAAGUAAUUGUAUUUGAAAAACGUCUAAAUGAGGAAGGACGAAAUGAUUAAUGGGGUACGGGAGGACUUACAGAGAAUUCGUUGGUCUUCACUGAAAAACCAGGACGUUCUUUGCUGGUAGUGUAAAGGCUGUAGUGCCCAGCUACUGGCUUCCAUUUUGGUUCGAAGUCACAAUAGGUUGAAUUACAAACACAAACCCUGCCACUUGAGGUUACCCUUACGUUACAUUGUUGACUUAGAGCUGUUUUCAACAACUAAUAUUAGUUAAUUUUAAAUGGUAAUUAUUAUAAAAGUACCUGAGAGUGUAACUAUUUGGAGGAUAAGAUACGACAAGACCAACAUUUCAAUACAGACUGAACCCAAGUGUCCGGUAAGUUAACGGUACUUAAAAUUGUUGCAGGUCAAGUCUUUUAAUAUUCAUAUCAACAACUUAAGGAAGAAGCCGAUAAGUAAAUCAAUUAUUUUCCGGGCAAUAUGUAAUUAUUACGGUUUUAGCCGUGCUUGGAAGAAGACCAAAACAAGCUAUCUCCAAGACGCAGACCGCCGAAGACAAAACGACACAACCACAACGAAAAAAAUACAUGUCCAAGCCAACCAACUACGUUUUGAACCAGUUCGAACACACAGAAGCGACCACAAAGACCAUUUUUUUCCGCCGACCAUCCGUCGAAUCCGUCCCUGAGAAGGCAGGAGAUGAGAAGGGGGUCAAGCGGUGCGGCCAGUUGCCGCGCAUCGAUUCCAAACGGCGGAACGGGCGCCGAUUUGAAUUUCACACGCGUGUUAUUAUUCUUCGAGUGGCCGUCUCGCUACAAUCAAGUGGUUCUCGCGUACGGGGUUUUAGACGUCGGACGGGCGAAAGUGAGAGUGGGCAGCACUGCGGAACAAUAUUUAUAUAUAUUUUUUUAUGAUGGAAUUGUUCUUAGUACCGUUCUUCAUACUGCCCUUAAUUGCCGUGGUCCGACUGGACUGCUCCAAGUCGGAGUACGAGAGAUGCGUCCGCAUCGCUGAUCCUCUGGUCAAGGAGGCACGUCUGGUAUUCCCCGACAACAUGGACGACAUUGAUUUGGUGUGCAAGACUUGGAACAGCUUCGUGGACUGUCUGAAGUACUACACUGAGAAUUGUUUCACUGAGAUGCAAAGGCGGCAGUUCAAUAGGGCUGUUGAAAGCCCUAUUGAAAGUGUACACCAAAUGUGUAUGCAACCAUCUUACCAAAAAGAAUAUUUACAGUACGCUCCUUGCAUUAAAAACACUAUAACACAAAAUAUUCAUUGUGGGCCACAUUAUAAUCUUCUAGUUGAGCAGGUUUCCCAAGGAAACGUCAUUUCUAAAUCCACCCUUUGUUGCUCCCAAGACAGGUUUAAACAAUGUGUCCAAAGAGAGACGAGACGCCUAUGUGACCGGGGAACCCCAGACGGCCCAGCCGCCAAAUUCUCCUCACAGAUCAUAGAUAAAGCUUUGAAUUUCCUCCAGGAUCAAUGUCUAAACUACAUUCCAAAUUCUGGUGACUGUGCAGUCCACACAGAUGGCUUGUUCUACAACGAUCCCCUGAGCAUUUCAACGUCACCAAGUGAGGUUUACCCCUGGAGUACCGUCCAAGAACCGGCAGCAAAAGAGAUUUUCCCAUCCAGGAUUCCACCUGUAAGCAGUACUUGGAUGCCCACAUCCAGGACUCCGUUGGAAAUCUCCCCCUCAACCCAACAACAAGACCCAACCACACAACUCCUGGGAAAAAGGACUAGGCCUUCAUCUUACGGAAGAUCCAGCAGCUGGAACGAAGGGUCCAGUCCACCAGUCGACGGCAACACGGUUCAGAUGUACCCGGAAGUACCGUCAACUCCAACUUCAAGACCUGACUGGGCCACCAAAUCCUCCUGGAACGCCAUCGGACAAAAUCCAAUCCCCAGAGACGAGCCGAGGAUGCAGAACGACCAAAGCUUCUUCACGUACGGUACUUCGAGAAGCUCCACGGAAAUGUCGUCCACCGAAACUUGGUAUCCGGCAGCGGGCAAUCAAAUUAACAACGAGGUGGACGAGCCCAACCAACUGGGAUGGAAGAAGUCCAGGAAUAACGGAGUUAAAUCUGGUGCCUUUGGUGGACUUGUUCUAUUAAUGGUCGCUUUGAUUUUGUAAAUUUAUGUACAAUGAGAAAGAAAUACAAGGUUCAAUUUUGAUUGUAAAAGACUGUUAUGUUGGAGAUUUAUGUUAUUUGUUUUUAUGAAGAUUAUAAUUAUUAUUCCGUCCGUGUAAGGCAACUAUUAGGUAACCAAGAUGUGCACUAGUCAAAUAUUUAGUCAAUGGAUAUUGAUAUUUUAUGCUUAUUAUUGUUGUAUAAAAUGAUAAAAUAUAUUGAUUAUAUAAUUUUAAUAAAGAGAUUUCUAUGAA